AAUCCCUGUGCCAGGUAGCAUCCUGUACCAACUUUGAAUAUCAACAGGAAGUUACUGGGUAGCGAACAGUCAAUAUUGUAACUUAACUGCUGCAGUAACUUGGGAAGAGAAGAAAACCAGGAUUGAAACCAUGACAAAGAUAACUAGAGCUGUCUCGGCAUCCCCUCCAGAUGGAGGCUGGGGCUGGAUGAUUGUGGCUGGCUGCUUUCUGGUUACCAUCUGCACCCGGGCAGUCACUAGAUGUAUCUCCAUAUUUUUUGUGGAGUUCCAGACGUACUUUGCUCAGGAUUAUUCCCAAACAGCAUGGAUCCAUUCCAUUGUAGACUGUAUGACAAUGCUCUGUGCUCCGCUUGGGAGUGUUGUCAGUAACCAGUUGUCCUGUCAAGCGGGGAUCAUGCUGGGUGGCUUGCUGGCAGCUACUGGUUUCAUCCUGGGCUCAUUUGCCACCAGCUUGAAGCACCUCUACCUCAGUCUGGGAGUUCUUACAGGUCUUGGGUUUGCACUCUGUUACUCUCCGGCAAUUGCCAUGGUGGGCAAGUAUUUCAGCAGACGGAAAGCCCUCGCAUAUGGGAUUGCCAUGUCGGGCAGUGGCAUCGGCACCUUCAUACUGGCUCCUGUGGUUCAGCUCCUCAUUGAACAGUUUUCCUGGCGAGGAGCACUGCUCAUUCUUGGUGGGUUCGUUCUGAAUCUCUGCGUCUGCGGCGCUCUGAUGCGUCCAAUUAUUGUUAAAGAGGACCGGUCAGUCCCGGAGAAGAAUCACGACCGUGAAUCUCAGAAAGAAGACUGUAAGCGGGCAUCUCCCUAUUCACCUUUGACCAAAGAAUGGACAGAGACCCGCCUUUGCUGCUCUUUGCAGCAGGAAUACGGGUUUUUACUGAUGUCAGACUUCGUCGUCCUGGCUGUCUCUGUCUUGUUCAUGGCCUACGGCUGCAGCCCUCUCUUUGUGUACCUGGUGCCUUAUGCUUUGAGUGUCGGAGUGAGCCACCAUCAAGCUGCCUUCCUCAUGUCCAUCCUCGGGGUGAUUGAUAUCGUUGGCAACAUCACAUUUGGCUGGCUAACUGACAGAAGGUGUCUGAAGAAUUACCGAUAUGGUUGCUACCUCUUUGCUGUGGCACUAGAUGGGCUGUGCUAUCUGUGUCUCCCAAUGCUUCAAAGCUUCCCCCUUCUUGUGCCUUUCUCUUGUACCUUUGGCUACUUUGAUGGAGCUUACGUUACCUUGAUCCCAGUAGUGACUGCAGAGAUAGUAGGGACCACCUCUUUGUCGUCUGCACUUGGCGUGGUCUACUUCCUUCAUGCAGUGCCAUACUUGGUGAGCCCACCCAUUGCAGGAUGGCUGGUAGACAGCACUGGCAGCUACACUGCAGCCUUCCUUCUCUGUGGAUUUGCCAUGAUAUUUAGUUCCAUCCUGCUUGGCUUCGCUAGAAUUGUAAAGAGAAUGAAGAGAACACAGGUGCCUUUCCUGGCCAAAGACUCAGAUCCCAAGCUGCAUCUGUGGACCAAUGGAUCAGUGGCCUACUCUGUAGCAAGGGAGUUAGAUCAGAAAGAUGAGGAAUCUAUGGCUAAAGCCAGGACUGGUUGCAACCUCACGUGACCUGUGUGACCUCGUCCCUGGGAAUCUUCAAGGCUGGUGGACCCCAGGCCACCAUCUUGUUCACGGUCUGGAAAUAUUUUAUUUUGACAGAGUAUCACCUCCCAAGUAAAUUAUUAAUACUGUUUUGCUAAUAUAUUUAUGUGGGGAAAAUAAUGAGCAACAAAGAAAUCUGGAGUAGCCUGGAGUUUUUUUCUCAUUUGGGAUUUGUAUUCACUACAAACUUAGCUCCAGGGGAAGGUCAGGACAUAGUUGACCUAUGUAUUUCAGAUCAGCUCCAAGAUAGAUCAGCUGUAUUUCAGGUCAACUCCAAGGCAGAGGCCAUUGAGAAUGGGAUUGUCAUCACAAAAUCGGCCCCACCCCCUCAUUCUGAAUGGAAGCAGUGGGUGUGAUGGCUGUGGAGAUGCAGAGGUGGCUUGAGGGCAGAGUGCCUCAAUUUUUAGAGUGGCAAAGAAGUUCUUGAGACUCUUUGAAAGGUAAUGAUUAACAUAGAACAGAUGCUCUCUUAGUUUCCCUGCCUCUUCCAAUGGGUAGGCAUCCCUUUGAGAGACCCAACAAUCAUCAAACACUGGCUGCAAUGGACUUUAGAGGUUCCCUGGUGGUAAUAGUUUCUUUGAAACUGUCUUGUUGAAACAGGAAGCUCUUUUCUUCAGACUGUGCCCCCUGUCAUUACCCAAUACUGACUCUAAAUGUAACAUAACUCGUUCAAUAGUGGAAUAACCCCUCCAUCCUUUCUGAAGUGAUCACCCCAGGAAUCGCCAACUUUUUUCUUCUUUAGAAAAAGAAGUUCUAGUUUGAACUGCAGACACAUUCCUUUUAGGAAUAGAAACAUGUUGACAGUAUUCACAUUGAGCAGUAAUUGAAUUCUUGAGUAUCUGGUGGGAGUCUUCUUUGCAAAGCAGUCAUUAGAUUCAUCAUUAUCCAAGAGGUCUUGGGGUUUUUCUUAUUCAGAUGUUCUAAAGAUGGCGUUUGGAACUCACCGUGUCCCUUGUUAGAUCAUAGUUAUAAAUCAGACUCAUUGGAUUGGCAGUGUCUGCCCCUUCUCAAAAGCUGGACUUUCCUGGGACUUGAAAUCCUUGCUGAAUUUUUAGAUCAGAGGAGAGGACAAGGAGAAAAAAAAAGUAGUAGCCCCCCCCCCAUAUCUCCAGCUGUUUUCAAAUCCACACAAUGAAGAUUCCAGAAUCCCCAGUCAUGUCCCAUCUGCAAAGGACAAAUUACAUAAUUAAAGGGGGGAAUUUUUUAAUUGAAAAUGCAAGUCACAGGAAACAUUUUGAUCUCAAAAACCAUGUAAACUACUGUCCCCAAGAGGCCUCAGAGAGGCUUUUGCCAGACAUGGGGCUGGGAGAAAUAACAAAGCGUAGAGGAAUGGCUGAGGCGGCUGAGUCCUUGCUUGAACUGGGUAUGUUUAUGUUGCUAUAUUGCUUUCAUAAUGAGAUACUGGCUUGAUUUGGUUGAGAAAUUGAUACUAGUCCAUUGUAGCUUUUCACAGAGAAAUUUGAAUGUCUGUCUUAACUCAGCCUGGGACUUUAGUUUUGAAUCCAUUCACUUUGUUAUUUGCAAUCUUAAAACUAC